CCCCCAUUACAUAUCAACAAACCGUGAUCACAGCAGCUACAAGCCGCGCAAGCCUUCUGGAGACUACGAUCUGUGCAGACUGCAGACAACUCGCAGACAUACCCACACACCAAAAUCACGCCUGACUUGCAGGACACUCUUGCUCACUUCAUGCACGUCGAGACGCGUCCAACGAAGACAAAAAAGACAACAGAGGAGUAUCGGCCGAACCGCUCUUUCAUAACUUCCUCUGUUGGGGCUUUCAUCAAGAGAGCCAUUCCGUGAUGUUGGGCAAGGCUGCGUGCCUGGUGGCUCUCUGCGCCUUGGGGGUAGCGGUCUAUCUCCUGCCGUCCCCGAUCGACCCCAAACCCCACGUAUUGAAGGGCCCCCCUCCGGCCCUUGAGGGGCCCCUGGCUGUUAACACCCGCCUUCAGAAGGGCCGCAGAGUUUUUACCGGGAAACUACAUGGACCAGAAUCCUUCACUGCUGAUCAGGAUGGUAACGUGUACACUGGUACAGUGGAUGGGAAGCUGUGGAGGAUCGGGCCAGACGACACACUGACCCUGAUCACCCAGAUGGGCCAGGACAUCCCAGAAUGUGGCAGUAGUCCAGACUAUGAGCCGGUGUGCGGCCGUCCCCACGGCGUCCGACUGGACCGGCGCGGUCAGCUGAUCGUGGCGGACUCGUACCUGGGACUGCACAGCGUGGACCCCCAGACCGGACAGAAGACCCUCCUCCUGGCCAACUCUGAAGGAGCUGAAGGCCGGCCCUUCGCCUUCCUCAACGGUCUGGAGAUCUCACCCCAGACCGGCCUCGUCUACUUCACCGACUCCUCCAGUCGCUGGGGGCGUCGCCAUGUCAAACUUGAGGUGAUCGAGUUGAACGCCCUGGGUCGCCUGCUGACCUACGACCCUGAGAGUGGGCGGGUGGCGGUGCUGCUGGACUCUCUGUACAUGCCCAACGGACUGGCCCUGUCCCCGGACGAGGACUUCCUGCUGCUGGCCGAGACCAGCAUCGGACGCAUACUCAGGUUCUGGCUGAAGGGGCCCAAGGCAGGUACCCAGGAGGUGGUCCUCGACAACAUGAUCGGUUACCCCGACAACAUACGUCUUAGCGCGAGCGGCGACGCCUUCCUGGUCGGCAUCACCACGCCCCGCUUCCGGAAGCUCCUCCCCCCGUUCCUGGACGCGAUCGCGCCGUACCCGGCGUUGAAGCGCUUCCUCGCUAAGGUGGUGCCUCUGGGCUGGUACAACGUCCUGCUGCCCCGCCACGCCAUGGUCCUGGAGCUGGCCCUGGACGGCCGGCUGCAGGGCUCGCACCACGACCCCGACGGCACGGUGACGCGGGCUGUCAGCGACGUCUUCCAGAACCCCCGCGGAGGUCGGACCUACCUGGGCAGCACCGACCAGCCCUACCUGGUGGUGGUGGACGGCUGGCAGAGCUGAGAGAGAGAGACCCCCAGCGCGGAGGACGGGGACGGAGGACCUACCAACGUAAAGGAACCGUAUCCUGGGAUGAGUUAGAGCGGGCGUAGGACGAUUGGGCUGGGAUGGACACAUCCGGUUUUUAAGGGUGACUUGUGUUUAAACAGGGAUUUAGUCUUCUGUUGAGAAAAGUUUCACGUUAUCCUGAGACAUUUGAGCCUCGAAUUGCAUGGUACCUCAGCAGCAGUGAAUUUACAAUUGAAGGAUUGUGUUUUAAAAAGAAAUCAUAUAUUUUGAACUGUCCAUUCACUUGAACAAAGAGACCUGUGAAGAAUGACAGCAGUAAGAGAGCAAUGUACUAUAUAAUAUAGUAUAAUACAAUAUACUAUGUAACACAGGUCUGAAUUACAUUUGUUUUUUUAAUCGUUGACACUGGACUGCUUUCUCCAAGCUCAUAACGCAGAAGCUUUGUAAAUAUCAUUUGAAUGUUACCACUAACAAGUCAGUUUAAAACCUGCAUGGUGUGCCGGAAUUGUAACCCAGUUUUUUUUUUUUUUGCAACAUCAGAAACCUUUAAACCCUCCAUUCUGAUUAACAGCAAAAUGAUUUUUAAUUUACAUUUGACCCCUUUUCAUGUAAACUAUUUAUUAACAGUAAAUAGAUAUUUUCUACUAAAGUAUUGGCUUGUUUGUUCAGGCAUGAUUUUCUACAAUAGAAUGAUAUCAUGCAUGUGCCUAUGGCUGUAUUUCACAGAACGACAUGCUACUAAAAAUAUAUUUAAUAUGUGCUUGUGGCAUCACAAUUUGGCAUCUUUAUAACGGAAAUAAUGUUAAUUUGAAUAAACAAAGUUAUGACCAAGGAAUGAUUUCAGCCUGCACCAGAAUCACAAUAAAAAAGUUUAAUCAUCACCAAUAUACAAAGUAUUUUAACAUCUGUACACAGAUCUUGAAAAUAAUUCCCCACAAUACUCCAGAAACCCAACCACCAUGUUUGUUUUUGACGGUAAAAUAGGCCUUCCCUGGUCGUAAAAGAAUAGCGCUGUGUAGCUGUUAUACAAAAAGUUGACGUAAAAAAAUUUCCACACGUUUUAAAAACCAUUGAUAAAGUGUGAUGGAUAUGACAAAUAAAAUCUCUUAUGACGCAUCAACAAAUGUGACUUUUGACCGACUUGGGUCGCCAGAAAAAUAAUUUCCUCUGUGGACAGCAUCUGCAGAAAUUAUUCAUGACUUCAAACUAGUUUUCUUUGCGCCGCCCGGACAUCCAAAAAUACAGAGCCACUCCAGAAAACUA